AUGGCCGAGUCCGCAGAUACCGAAUCCCCCUCCAUUGAGGUACAGAACCUCUCCUAUAAGUUCCAGGAUGGCUCCAACGGACUGGAAAAUGUCUUGUUGAGCCUUCCACCGGGUAGCCGGACGCUCCUUAUCGGCGCAAAUGGUGCGGGGAAAACCACACUGCUCCGCCUAGUCUCGGGCAAACGCUUGGCACCUAACAACACCAUCGCGGUAGCUGGCAGGGAUCCGUUCAAGGAUAACCUUGAAGGCGUGACUUACCUCGGUGUGGAAUGGGUGCUGAAUGCCAUUGUUCGCACCGACAUCGAUGUCCCCACACUACUCGCCUCUGUGGGCGGGAAUGCCUUUCCGGAGCGACGUGACGAGCUCGUCGAUAUCCUCGAUAUUGACCUCCGCUGGCGUAUGCACGCCGUAUCAGAUGGUGAACGUCGUCGUGUCCAGCUAGCCAUGGGACUCUUGCGCCCUUGGAAGGUCCUGCUUUUGGACGAGAUCACCGUCGAUCUCGAUUUGCUUUCCCGGAGCAAUUUCCUCGCUUUCCUAAAGCGGGAGACGGAGGCUAGAUCUUGUACUAUUGUUUAUGCUACCCAUAUCCUGGACAAUCUUGCACAGUGGCCCAGUCACUUGGUGCAUAUGCAUCUGGGUAAAGUCAAGGCAUGGGGAACAGUGGAAAAGUUCCACGAUCAGGUUCCACAGUGGACAUCUGAGAAUAGCCGUCUCGGAGAGCUGGUUCUGAAGUGGCUCAAAGAGGAUCUUGCUGUUCGGGGUCCUCGCAAUGCUGGGGCUGAUCAAGCUAAAACCUACGACGCUGGUGGCAUUGGAGGUUACGGCUAUGAGAAACACGAUUAA